AACAUUGUUCCAGAUGUUGACAAAUGUAUUGAGUAGUUGUAGGUAGUAACUUGUUAAGUGAGUACUUUAAUAAAAGUGUUCGUAAGAAAAGUUACAUACUUUAAACAUUAGUUUCUUUGUUUCACAAAAAAUAUCUAGAUUGCAUUUUUAAAUUGAUAUUACUGUGAUUGUUGAAGUCUUUAUUGUGAUUAUGGAAUACGAUUGGUUCCCAAGCUUUAUUGAGUAAAUAUUUCUUUAGUAAGUAAUUAAGUACGUUAUAAAUUGUGUUAGUUAAAAUGCCAGAUUCAUGGGGAAGUUUCAUGAACAAACCAGCUAGAGGUUGGUUACAUCCUGACAAUGUUAUUACGAGAAGUAGUGUUUGCUACGAAGUUCGAUAUAUUGGCUGUUUGGAAGUACUGACAUCUAUGAAAAGUUUGGAUUUUGAUACACGAUUUUUAGUAGCCAAGGAAUGUAUAAAUAAAGUUUGUGAAGCAGCUGGACUAAAAACUGCUGAUAAAAAACGAAAAGUGGAUAAAAAAAUUUCAAGACUUAUUGGUGAUCAUUCAAUUAUGGAUCAUGCAGGAUCAAAUGUUACGUUGUCUAUAUCUAGUACAUGCUUGACAUUAAAACUUAGAGAUUCACAUGCUGUAAUUUCUACACAUGAUAUGCCUAGGAUAUCUUUUGCAUCUGGGGGUGAUACUGACACAAUAGAUUUUGUUGCAUUUGUAGCAAAAGACAUUAAAGACUGGCGUGCAUGUUAUGUGCUGGAGUGUGGUGAAGGCGAGUUAGCACAAGAUGUUAUUACAACUAUUGGCCAAGCCUUUGAUUUACGUUUUAAACAAUUUUUGACAAAACCUGCACCAGUUUUAAGCUCAAGUACGCGUGAUGAGCGAGAAUAUUAUAAUGAUUUACCUGGAAAAUCUCCUCCAGAAACUGGACCACCACCUGUACCACCACUUCCCUCAUAUCAUGAUCAUCGUAGUAGAGAAAGACUAGUUUCAAAUAAUUUAAUAGAUUUGAAUUGUGAAGCACCUCCGCCACCUGUACCACAUCCUGCUCAUAACUAUGUUAAUGAUUUUGUAGUUGGAAAUAAAAACCACAACUCACAACCCCGUGAUGUAUUUGAUAUGCAACCUUUUGUGGAUCAUGAACCUCUCCCAGUUAUGGCACCAAAAUUACAAGAUGAAAUUUGGUUUCAUGGUAGCAUUACAAGACAGCAUGCUGAAGCAUUACUAAAACAUGAUGGUGACUUUCUAGUUAGAGAAUCACAAGGAUCUCCUGGACAAUAUGUAUUAACAGGUCUUCAAGGGGAUGUGAAGAAACACUUACUUUUAAUCGAUCCGGAAGGUGCAGUUAGAACUAAAGACCGUAUGUUUGAAAGUGUCAGUCAUUUAGUAAACUAUCAUAGUGAAAACAAAUUGCCUAUUAUGUCAGCUGAAAGUGCUCUCAUUUUAAGAUAUCCUGUACCUCGAACUAGAUUUUAAUAGCUUUAUUUUACCUAACCCAUUCCAAUUACCAAACAUUAAUUUAUAUAAUUGGAUAUUUAAAUACAAUAUAUAUAUGAAUUUAAUAAUAUAAUGCUGUAUACAAUAGCGUUUGUGGUCAUUGAUUUGUAUGCAUUAACCAGUAGUACUUUUCAGUUUUUAUUUACUUAUUUAAAAUCUCAAUUAUUUUAAAGUCAUAAAAUUCAAUUUUAUAACAAUUACUAUAUCCUAACGAUAUUUUUAUUUAAAUUAAAAGUAGAAUUAAAACCAAUUAUAAA